AAGCUGGUGCAGAAAAGGUUUGACAAGCUCCUGGACUACCAUAACUGCACCGAGAAGGCUGAGAAGCUGAAGGACAAGAGGACCUUAGAUGAGCUUCAGUCUGCCAGGAACAAUUAUGAGGCUUUGAAUGCCCAGCUUUUGGAUGAGCUGCCCAAAUUCCAUAACUACGCCAAGGAGCUGUUUGCGAGCUGUGUGCGCGGCUAUGCCAACGUUCACUGCGACUUUGUGAAGCUCGCCUUGGAGGAGUUGAAGCCUCUGCUAGAUCUGUUGGGCAUUGGUGGGAGAGAAGGGAACCUGAUCUCCUUAUUCCAGGAGGAGCACAGUAAGGUCUUACAACAGCUCCAGGUCUUCACCUUUUUCCCUGAAAACCCUCCUCCAGCCAAGAAGCCUUUUGAGAGAAAAACUAUAGAGCGGCAGUCUGCUAGAAAGACCGUACCAAGUCCCGCCAAAUACAUACCACAGACAGAUGAACAUCGGGCACUGUUACUGGCUCGUUAUCCACCAGAAAAACUCUUCCAGGCGGACCGCAACUUCAAUGCUGCUCAGGAUUUGGAUGUGUGCGUGCAGGAGGGUGACCUUGUUGGCGUUAUUAAACAACAAGACCCGAUGGGCAGCCAGAACCGAUGGCUGGUAGAUAAUGGA